AUGCAGCGCCAACCAAGCUACCCCAUACCAUACGCCAACUCACCUAAUCAUCACCUGCCCCGCUACUCUUCUUCGCACAGCACAAGCAGUGCGUUUAGUGCCAGUGCUCAGCCAAACGAGGACUGGACCAAGAUCUCAGACCUAGCGGAGCGGAGACGAAUCCAAAACCGGAUCGCGCAACGUAACUACCGCAAAAAAAUAAAGAGACGCUUAGAGGACUUGGAAAAACGAGCCUCCUCGUCGCCUUCCCCGGAGCAAUCUUACCAGGAACUUCACACAACCCCGAAAACAAAUUCACGACGAAGCACUGGAACUAGACGACAGUCGAUCAAACGGGAAUCUGCACCCCAGCAAAACCGAAAGAACCCACCGGAGCCGCUAGUGACACCAUAUUCUUCGUAUCCUGAGCAUCAUUCUGACCUCUCACCAACGCACUACAAACGCGAGCUUUCAAUGUCACCACCACACCACACCAAUUAUCCUUACUCACUGCCAGAGCCGGCAACGCCCCCAACUUACUCUCAUCAGCCAUCGUACCACAGUCUACCACAACCCUUUCCAGAUUAUCCAAAUCAUUCCACUUACUUACCAUCAUUACCGACAACAUUGCCUACCAUGUCGUCGUUUGAACCAAGCCCAGCAAAGACCAACGGCUUCUUCGAGGACGGGAACGUCAUGAAUCAGUACAGCAUGGGCUAUACGCCUUUCACGAGCGUGGAACUGCCGAUGCAUCAAUCAUACCCGGAAUCUAACAUGAAUAGCAAAUUUGAACACGCAAAAGCAGGCAAAAAAAUUAAGCUAUCAAUCAAUAAAAUGAAUAACCUGCCGGUAGCAUUGGAAUAG